AUUCACUAGAAGAUGGCGGACUGCGCUCCACUAUUAGAUGAGGAACUCUCGUCCUUCGUCUUCAAUUACCUAACAGAGAACCCCGGCAGCCAGUAUGGGGAGGAGGAGGAGGUGUGCUCGGACCGCCUGGACACCGACUUCCCGGACAUCGACCUUUCUCAGCUGGACACCAGCGAUUUUGACAGCGUCAACUGUCUCGGCGAGCUGCAGUGGUGCAGCGACCAGGCGGCGGACGCCUCACCCGCCUCCAUCCACUACAGCACCGCUGACGAGCUCUUUGAGAUAGAAGAGGAGAAUGCGGCCCUGCUUGCCGCGCUCACUGACAGCCUGGACGGCAUGGUGGAUGCCGAAGUGGGCGGGCUCUCCGUCUUCCCCGCUCUGGGGGAGGAGCCAGAGCAAGACGAAGAAGACAAGGACCGUCUUUCUCUGAACGCGGACGACUUCGGACGCUCACCAGGCCCUGAGACAGAGGGCCCUUCUCUUCUUGAGAAGCUCCUGUUGACUCCGCCUAACGUGCCCGCGGGGAAAGACGGGCAUCGCUAUAGUAACAGAGGAUUGCACCAGCGGCCUGUGCGACCCCAGGUGAAGAUGGACCUCUCCCUGGAGCGGAAGCCCCGAGCGGUUCGUCCAGCGAGCCGCCUGUGCACCGAGCUCCACCGCCACCUCACCACCGCCCGCAACGCUGAGGAGCCCCGAGCGGCCGACACGGAGGAGGAUGAGGAAGACGAGGACAGCGAGUCAGAGGAGGAUGAUGAAGAGGAAGAGGAGGAGUCUUCCGGCAGCGAGGCGGAAGGCGUCGCCACCCCCGCCGAGCCGGUCAAACCUCAGUUCAGCUCUGAGAAAGAACUCCAUUCUGUGGUGGCGCUGAUCACCUACAUGCACACAUACUGCAUGCCCGUACGCAAGCAGCAGGGUCUGGACCGCAAGGACCCACCCAGGCCUCGGGCUCGACCCGACGCCCCCCGCCUGCCUGUCACAAACUCUCACAGCCGGGUGGUCAUGGUGGCCUGCCCGGCGAAUAGUGGGGGUGUCACCGGGUCAGGGGGCGUCCCCAGGAGGCUUCCCUUUGUGAGGCGGCGAGAGAUGAAGACCAACUCGCUUCUCCGUGAUCUCCUGCAGCAGAGCAGCUCCUUUGACGUGAGCAAGCCUUACAGACUGCAUAGCCCGCCGUACACCCGAGGAGGGGGAGCCCCCGCCCACUCACCCAGCUCCGCCCCCGCUAAACCAGAGCUUUGUAAAGACUCCUCCUCCCCCGAGAGGAGAAACUCUGAGGCACCACAACUCCCCGGGGACCCGGCUGAGGUCAGUAGCUCCUUCUCAGUGCGCCGCUCCAGACGUCUCGCCUCCUUCCCCAGCCGCUUCGCCAAGAGGCUGCGGGCUGAGCGGGCGAGGGAGAGCGACAGAAAGGAGGAGCGGGAGGACAUCCAGGCAGGGGCCAAGCUCUCGCCGACACAGGCCGGAGGGGGGACCACGACUGAGACGCAGACGGAGAAGCCAGCGCAAGGCGAGGCGACCAAAACCUGCUGUCACAUCGAAAAGCGAGCUUGCCUGUGUCUGCCUCUGAACGCCAACAAGUCCACAGGAGAGUUCAGCAGUAAGAGCUUCGAGCAGACGCUGAGUGUGGACCUCUGUGGAACUGCAGGUCUGACCCCACCCACCACGCCGCCCCACAAACCCGUGGAGGACGAACUCUUCAAGCCAGCAGAGGCAGCAAAGGGUGGCAAUGGCGACGGCGGCGAAGCAGGCGGUGAAUCCGUCCACUCUUCUGCGAGCACCCAUGGCGGCGUCAAAGGCUCCUGGCUAAGCCGCGCUCACCAGCGAAAGCUUCCAGAGCAGACGGAGCUCUACGCCCAGCUGCGCCGCAUGGGCCAGGCCGGCGACAGCGACGCCUGUCGCAACUUUGGCGACCACGACUACUGCGCUCUGAGCCUCGGGGAGAGCCGCAAGCGAAGCAUCGCCAUGCUGGGCGCCAUGCUACAGGUGCACGGGGAACCCAAAGCGGGCGAGCCGGUACCGGUGGAGGUAAAUGGGAAAGAGAGUGGCGAGAGGUCAGACGACACAGAGCCUCAGGAGCAGCAGCAGACUGUGGUGACGUCAUCGCCGCCGCCGCCACCUGACCACCAGUCAUCGGACAUCACCCCACCGACCUCCGAGGAGGAGGCAGAGCGCUCGUCUGGAUCCCGCUCGCCCUCACCGACUCUCCAUCUGUGUCCUGACUCCCCCGCCAGCAAGACCGACUCUAGUGAAAACUCGGAGAUCUGCCCCGACGACGAGCAGCGGAGCAGAGCCAAAUCUGACGAGGAGAACUGCCAGGUGUUUUACAUCCACAACCUGCCCAGCAGCAUGACCCAGAACAUGUUGAGGAAGCGCUUUCAGGUCUUUGGCAAAGCGGAGGACUGCAAAGUCAUCAUCUGCAACGAGGAGCGCUGUGGGGUCAUAAAGAUCCGCCAGUCCGGGAUUCAGAGACACCGGAGGGAACGUGACAAUGUUUUCCAGAGCGCGCCUGCGAGCCUGCGCAGACUGACGAGGAAGCGCUACAUUGACCUUGACGAGGCGGGUCCAGGACCCAUCAAGAGCAAGUACGACGCCCUGGACUUUGACACUCUGCUGAAGGAGGCCCAGAAGUCUCUGCACCGCUGACAGUCCAGCCUUAGUAACACUGCAGUCAACAGGCUCCGCCCUCAAGACACGCCUCCUGGUACCUCCGUGCAAGGCGACCUCGCAAAGAUGUUUACAUUUUUACCAUUGGAAUAACGCAACGAGAAGAACCUUGAUUUUUUGUUUUUAUUUAAACGGCCGGAGAAUUCUGCUCACCACGGAGGAGAGACAAUGACAGGAAUAGAACUUUUGAAUUUUAAUGCCACAAAGCUGCUUCCUGUCUGUGUUGGUGACAUCAGCGCCCGGCGGCGGGUGGGUGGACGGGCCGGCGGGCCUGAGAGACCUCCGUAGCAAAGCCUUGCUAAUGUUGCGUCCGUCGGUCCUCGUGGUGUGUUUUUCUGCGCGUGCGUGCGUUCUUUGUGUGUGUUCUCUGUUCUCUUUGUUUGGUGAAAAGAAAAUAGCGGAAAAAAUAACUUCCCUUUUCCGGAUCGCGCUCGUGCGGGGGGUGGGUGGGGGUCGAAACUGCAAUCGGCGUAAAUGUGACUGGUUGUGUAACCGCAUUUAAAAAAAUAACAAAACAACGAUAAUAAUACCCAAAAAAAAUAAAAAUACCCGCUUUGUUGGAUGUUUCAAUUUUAAGAAUUGUCGUGUGUGUGUGUGUUUCGGACAAAGAAUAUAACGUUCAGUGUAAUCGGUUGAUAAAGUUUACAAUUCUAAAAUGAAGAAGAAAAAAACUUUGUUUUUUCUUUUUUGUAUUUGUAGUGCUUCCUUGAUUUGAUCUAUGCACUGUCGGGAGCUUUCCGCUUGCCUCCUCUUUAACACGCCCCACUGACGCUAAUAAUCUUGUACCGUGCUGUUAUUGAGGCGCCCCCUACUGGCUGCUGCUUGUCAUGUUUGCAACAGAAAGACCCUGACUGGAAUGUGGGAAUGUUUCACUUCCAAAACUAGUUGAACUAAUGCAAUAAGGAAGCUAGCCUGACUUAGCAAGCUAAGCAUCCAUCCAUCUUCUAUGCCGCUUAGCCUCAUUAGGGAGGCGGGUAUGCUGGAGCCUAUCCCAGCUGACUUCACACGAGAGGCGGGGUACACCCUGGACUGGUCACCAGACAAACAAUCAUUCACACUCACAAUUUUAAAGUCGCCAAUUAACCUGCAUUAUCAUGCAUUUUUUGGAAUGUGGGAGGAAACCGGAGUACCUGGAGAAAACCCACGCACGCACGGGGAGAACAUGCAAACUCCACACAGAGAUGCCUGACGGAGAUUCGGACCCAGAUCUUUCCAAUCUCCUGACUGUUUGGCCAAUAUGCUAACCACUAGGCCACCGUGCGGCCCAAGCUAAGCAUUGCUAGCGAAAAUGCAACAACAUAUAUGUAUUCAUAGGAGAACAAAGUGGGAAUUGAAGUAACACUCUUUUAAUUGGGAGUUAGCCCACGCUAAAAUAAUAAGCUGCUUUCUCUCCCUUGAAAUAUGAUUGAAUGCCCAACUUCCUGGUGAUGUGCGGCCCUCUGCUGAUUCAGAAUGUGACUUGUUUAAAGGGAAUCCUCAAAGUUUGAGCCUCAUGUCGAGCCGUUUUACCAUUUAUCACAAUUUAUCAUGCAGUUUAUGACGUUUAGCAUACGUAAGUGCAACAUGUUUGCAAUGUUACAAAUACGGUAGCUCCCCCACAAAUGGCGAAUAAACACAAAAAAGCCCUAAAAAUGCUUUUUUUUGAUACUCUAAACCCGAUAUACUGUAAGCCUAUCACAUUUAUGAAGCACAUUUUAAAUGCAGUUGUACACACUAAGAAACAAUUAGAGGCAUGAUGUACUUAAAGAAAAAUGAAGUUACACAACGUCACAUCUUGUCAAAGCAUUUUCCUGCUGGAAAAUGUUGAGUGAAUUGACUUUGACUGGAUUCAUAGCUGCAGGACUCAUUUUCCACUCUGCGGAUAGCGCCAUCAAACCACUUUCUACUUAAGUUACCAUUAAAAAAAUAAGAUUUAUUCACAUUUUAAAAGAGAAAAAUCUGCAAAUAUGCCAAACCGUGAAUUUGUAAUGUGUUUAUUGAAGAAAGACAGGAACAGUGCAUAUUGAUCAACAUUUCCAUGUUCAAAUGCAAGAUCCAUCUUUAGUACCUGAGGGCAGGUUGAUGUUAAGUACAGUAACAAUAGCAUUCAACAUAACAGAAGAGAAGAAACAAUAAAAAAACAGCAAUAAACAAAAGGCAUAAAAAGAACUUGAGUGGUAAAGUGCCUAAUAGGCGGGCAUCAACUCUAUGCUUUAAAAAAAAAACAGGCAAAAUAAGACUGACCAAUGUUAGAUUUCUUUGGGAUGAAAUUUCAUUUCAUCCCAAAGAAAUCAAUAUUGGCGUGAUCCAUUCCCACUUCCGGGGCGGAGGGGGUUGCUCUCUGCUGGGGUCAGGUGACCGUGCGUCCCUUGGAGGCUGCAGCCUGGCAACACUCCGCCCAUGCAACAGUUAUUGUUUACAUUUGGACUGCAGCCUGCGGCGCUCUGAUGGGGAGAAGCGGUGACAGCCAUACGAGAGAGACCACGCCCCUCCCUCACCUGACACCCCCCCACCCCACCCCAAAGUGACUCCCUUUGGUCCAAUUGGAAUGUAUUUGUCAUUCUGAAUGUAAGCAGCGUCUUUCCCCAUCGGUGGCCCGCCCAAAGACCGACGAGCUUUCAUACGCGGCCAGUCAGGGGCGCUGUGACAAGGUGGGGAGGGGGCAUCCGAUAUCCAGGCAAAGGAGCGAGGGGGGUGGGGCUUAGUGGGUAAAGAAUCAGGAGGUGUCAGCUGAGCAUCUCUACCUCACAUCCAUGCGCCGAUGCUCUCGCCGUCGUCCUCAUGGUGGUGGACCCCGCCCCAUACUCAGUGCGGGGGGAGGGGGUGCAUGUCUCUGUCCUCCCCCGUAAGCGUGUCCUCUGUGUUGCCGUCCUCGUGUCUGUCUUGGUGUCUUCGUCUUCUUGUCGGACACUAAACGAGGAGGGGUCGGGGGCUCACAACUCUACUCCCGCCUCCUCUCCUCGCCCAAUAGGACCUGUGCGGGUUGGAGGCCCCUCCCACUUGUCUAUCUAAUCAACACGCGCACACACACAAACACACACACACACACACAUUGAAUGUUUACAUCACUCUCCUUUGACUUUAUUAGGAACGCACACUAAGUACAAACGCGCCUUAUUCAGUGUUUCCAAAAUGCAUAGGAAAGAGCGAAAGAAAGCCCAAAAAGCAAUUUAGUGCUAUACAUACUGACGGACGAGCGAAACAAACUGAAUGCCUGUUUGUGCUUAGUAUGUAUACUACUAAACGCUGGUUUACAUAUUCCAAACAGAUAUAUAACGUGUACAUAGCACUAUGCCUCCUUGUAAGCUAUAUCGUGUCUUUUGUUUUGUACGCGGUGGCAGGCGGGCAGGCGGCCGGACGCCAAGGGAACACGCAGAGUCCUAUUAAAAACAGUGAAAGUCCAUCCCGGGUUCCCGAGCUUGAUCAAGAGAGAGAUAUAGAUCAUGCCCAAGAACCAAAUGUACUCAAAUACGUCAAAGCAGAAUUGCAAAGCAGAUUUUCAUUCGCAACAUUUUCCACUUCAAAGAGUUUGGGAAACCCUGCUUUGGACGAUCACGCUAGAAGGUUGUCUUUCUUUGCUCUCUCGGGGGAAUAUGUUUUUAAAUUGUUUUUUCCUUGUCCUUCUGUGUUCUUAAGAAGCAAUUUGAGAUGCAAUAUGUCAGGGGUGUCCAAAGUGCGUCCUGGGGGACAUUUUUGGUCCAUUUUUAUUGGCCCUCGGCGUGUUGCAGAGUUAAAAUCCAUGAAUGAUUCAUGAGCAUGUUAUUGACAAGAUUGGAUUGGUUUUAGCAUUUUUAAUGCACAAAAUACAUCAAAGUGCCCUCCCACCCCCACCCCGAAUCCCUUUGUUUUUUGGGAUCGAGCUUGGACACCCCUGUAGUCUGUAAUAAUGAAAGACGUACAGCGCCGCUGUAUGCGCAAACAGGAAGAAUGUGGUGCGGCGAACACGUGUACAAACAAAAUAACCACGUCAUCUUGUGCACAUGACGUAGCGACGCGGCGACGUCGACAUAUCCAAUGUAUCGCCACGCGUCGAUGUCGCCGUGACGCUAGCUAGCAAAGGAUUGCAGGAGGCGAAGCAAGUUGUGGCGCCGUUAGCCGUGACGCUGAAGAAAUCCCAGCCAGCUAAAAGGAGCGUGUCCAAAACCAGGAAGUGCUUUUACUCGGAAGUAUCGCCAACACGCGGAUGAUCACGACUUGUGUGUUAUAGCACCACACCUGGCCAUCAGUCAGAAUGCAGCUUUCUUUCUUCCAUACACAUGCUGUACAUCCACGCCAACGGAAGAACAACAACUAAAAGCUCAACAAAACCAAUUUUAGAGAAACUUGAGAUCAUUCAAACCAUGAGCACUUCAUUGGGAACUGUCGGAAUUCGGGAAACGAGUAAGACCGGCAUAUGUCAUGAAUGAUUUAAAAAAACAAAAGAGUAAUGAGACAAAUCUGGCACCGUUUGAAAGCUAUCACUUAGCCCUUCCAUUAGUACAAGUGGCAUUCCGCAUUACUGCGAGAACUCACUGAAGAAUCUUCAUUUACUCUUACCCAGUAAAUGUUAUUUAUUUGGACAUGUCAUUUUCCAGCAAAAUGGCCGUCGUAUGCCCAAGAGAUUUAAACCAGGAGUGUCCAAAGUGUUUAGGAAUGUAAAAAAAACAACAACAAAAAAAAGCGUAAUGCAACUAGAAAAACUUGAUACUAACACCACAAAUAAUGCGCUUCGUAGCCCUUGGUGUGGAAAAAGUGAACGUGUGUGUGAAUUUGUGCUGGGAUUUCUGCAGCAUCCCCCGCUAAGAUGGCAGACAUUCACCAUGGCAUCGUGUCAUCAUGGCAAGCCUUAAAAUCAAUAGGAGGGGACGACGCUGCUGCCACUUUAGCUUUUACUCUUCAACAGCCCUCCAAUCCAACGUGGUUUAUUCCACAUAGCAAUUCUAACUUUUUUCAAUAGCCAUAUUAUAAAAGGUAUAAACAUAUAUAUAUGAAUAUAUAUAUAUAUAUAUAUAUUUGUGUGUUUGUGUAGAUAUCUAGAUGAUUAUAUACUUUCUUAUAGAAAACUUUGAUGUUGACCAUUUUCCUCAGUGUCACAUAUUUCAGUGUAAUAAUAACACUGUCCACUUGGGCGAGCUACUGGCAAGCUUCAAGGCAAUGAAUCCAAAUAUGAAUAAUAAUAAUAAUGAUAAUAACAUAUAUAAACAAUACUAAUCACAGCUUCCAAAGGGAAAAGACCCUCGCCAGAAUGCAAUACUUUCCACAUUUCCACAUUUGGGAAACGUGGGAAAAGGCAAGAAAACCAGAAAAACUUGACAGGCAAGUUGACCAAAAAUCAAAUAAAGAUGGCGGCUUUCUUGUUUUGUGUUGCCGCGCCAUGGCCCGCUAAAACUUUGAUUUACGUUUUUGUACUAUUUUUCUCAUUGUUAAAAAAAAAUGUCACUUUGUCACAUUUCAACAUUUGAACACACACACACAUUAAAAAAAAAAAACUUUAAAGAUGUCAAACGAGCACUUAGCAGGCAAAUAAAAAUCAAUGUGAGCGGACGGAACAAAACACUUAAAAGGGCAAAUGGUGUGUUUUUACAUCUAAUGACUAUCAAACUCACGUGAUUCUUUUUUUAAACAUAGUUUUUGUUAAAACAAACGAGAACAAUACUUGUAGUGAGAUUUUAUAUUUUUACAUUUGUUGGUUUUAUUUUUUAUUUAUGCGGCACUUAGUUUGGAUGUCUUUUAAGGUGUUUUCUUUCUUUGGUUUUGUGUGAUUUCAUGUCUGGAGAAUGUGGAGACAAAAGGCAUUUCAGUAUUUUUGAAUUGUUCAAAUCUAGUUUCAUAGAAGCGGAAGUAUCUGAUGUUAUAAAUUAUAUUUUAAUUCAUGUAAAUAGUUUAAAACAGAAGACUAUGGCUUCCUUUUAAACUGAAUACAUUUCUCUUCAGAGAUUGUUUACAUUAUGAAACUGUAGAGAUGUGCUCCACAUAUACUGUAUAAAGUACAUACUAUAUUCAUUGAUUUGCCUCCAAAAAUAAAACCCUAAUGA